AGUGAUUGAAACCAACCCUAAGCUCUUUUUAUCUCCGCCUUAAAGGUAGCCCCGAUUAUUGCUGACUUAAGCAUCAAAGUGUCUACCCCAAGUUCCACCUCGGGGCUUUGCAGGUCAUCUCGGAGUGUAAGCGCGGACAGAAGAAGGACUUCAGGUUUGGUGCAAUUACAUUGGCGCCGUCUGUGGGAAUCGAACUAAAAGCUUUCUAGUUGCUCUUUCAUCAUGGUCCACACUCGAUCAGUCCGAGCUGGUAAUUCAUCUCUGCCUCAUGGGCAAGAAGGAGGAGAUGAAAACCAACCCCAUACCUCAACUCACAAUUCAACUUCCACUGUCAACCAAGAUGUGGUGACAGCUCAGCUUCUAGCUAGAAAUAAUCCUGGUGAUCCCCUCAUUAACUUACUAAACCCUGCUCAACAACCCCCAGCUCCACAACAGAAUCCUCAACCGAUUCCACCUGCUCCUGCUAUUAGCGAAUCUCAUGGUCAAUCCCACAUAGCACCUGCUCAACAACCUAUCCCUGAUGAUGUUACCCGCCGCCUUGAUACCUUAGAAAAGCUGGUAGCUGAACACCGAGGUGCUCCACCCCCACACCAUGCUGCUGAUUCCAUACCUCACCCCCUGAAUACCAACAUCACACUGGAACCCUAUCCUACUGGCUUCAAAAUACCCCAACUGGAGACAUACGAUGGGACGAAGGACCCCGAUGAUCACCUGCACGCUUUCUACUCUUGCAUGCAAGCUCAGAAUGCCUCUGACGCAUUAAUGUGCAAAAUCUUCCCCUCUACUCUGUUCAACGACGCGGUGUUAGAGGUUAAUUCCUUCGACCAAGCUGUGGGCAUAGCAGCUGUAAUCUCUAGUCUCAAACAUGACAGGUUCCGAGACAGUUUGAUCAGACAUGCUGCCACCACUUUUAGCGAGGUGAACGAUAGGUCUCUCAAAUUUAUAACUGCUGAGAAAUACGCCCUGGCGCAAAACCCACCUUCCUCUAAGAACCAGAACCCAGAAUGGAGAGAUGACAAUUCGAGCCGGAAAAGGAUGAGAAUGGCACAGAACCGAGGUCUGAUGUUGACCUCCCCAACGAGAUUCGAAAGGACGAACUCAACACCCCCGCAACAAUCUGCAGGUAAACCUCCAGUUAAUUGGACUCCCUUUAAUCUGCCGAGAACUGAACAGCCGAGGUUUAUCAGAGAACAGAGGCCGCAGCCUCAAGGAGUCCGCAAUCCCCCAACUAGGCAAGGUGUGGGAUAUCAGCAAACCCCACCUCCGCUCCCACCACCAGCUAGAAUCAUACAUAUGAUUACGGGAGGCCUUGAAGCAGGCGGACUGAGCUCUAAGCAGCGAAAGCUAUAUGUCAGAGAGGUUAAACACCAAAACCGAGCUCAGAAGCAAAAGAUUGACGACGCUGAGUGGAAGAAUCAACCGAUUACUUUCACAUCUGCUGAUCUCGAUACAGUUGUUACACCCCAUAAUGAUCCCUUGGUCACUUCUGUCAUGAUUAAAAACUGUGAAGUACAACGUGUCCUUGUUGACACCGGGAGUGCACCAGACAUCAUGUACUUCCACUGUUUCGAGAGUUUGGGACUGGAUCCAGCAUUGUUGCAGAAAUAUGACGGUCCUAUCUAUGGUUUUAAUAACCAGCCUGUUCCGGUAGAAGGAGUUCUUACCCUCCAUGUGGCUUUUGGGAGUGGCAAAACCUAUGUGACUCCUUCAGUCCGGUUCCUUGUAGUCAAGAUGGCGUCUUCUUUCAACAUUGUUAUUGGCCGACCCACAUUGACUGAAAUCCGAGCUGUGGUUUCCCAGUCUCACCUCUGCAUGAAGUUCCCAACUCCUAUGGGAAUAGCAACACUGCGAGGAAAUCAGGAGGUGGCCAGGCAUUGUUAUAUCACCUCGGUAACACAACCCAUGAAGGGCAAAGCUCAGACACCCGAGGCCAUUCCCCAGCAAAUUUCUGACAAUCAGCAAGUUAUGGGUGUUGAGAUUGUAGAUAAUCGGCCGGAAGACGAAACCAGAACUGCCCCGAUCGGAACUAGAUUGAACCCAGAGGAAAGGGCAGAGCUAAUAGCUUUUCUUCGAGCUAAUAAUGAUGUAUUCGCAUGGACUUCGGCAGACAUGCCAGGAAUUCCAAACUCAGUCUCUCAACAUAAGCUCAGCACCAAUCCAUUGAAGAAACCAGUGGCCCAGAAACGGCGUCUCUUCGGGGGUGAGAGGCUUCAGGCUAUUAAAGAAGAGGUUACGAAGCUCCUACAGGCUGGUUUUGUCAGGAAAGUUGAUUACUGUGAAUGGGUGGCUAACCCAGUUCUAGUGAAGAAGGCAAAUGGCAAAUGGCGAAUGUGCAUUGAUUACACAAAUCUUAACAACGCCUGCCCUAAGGAUUGCUAUCCAAUGCCGAGCAUUGACAAGUUAGUUGAAGCGGCUUCAGGCAAUGAGAGGUUAAGCCUCUUGGACGCAUAUUCGAGGUAUCACCAAGUGCCAAUGGCUCUAGAAGACGAAAAGAAAACCGCAUUCUAUGCUGGCGAUGAAAUUUAUUGUUAUGUCAUGAUGCCGUUUGGCUUAAAGAAUGCAGGUGCUACUUAUCAGAAAAUGGUAACCAUUGUCUUCCACGCUCAGAUUGGCAAGAAUCUGGAGGUAUAUGUCGACGACAUUGUGGUAAAGAGCCUAAAAGCAGAAGAUCAUCUCGCCGACCUCGACGAAACCUUUAACAACCUCAGAAAGAACAGGAUGUGGUUAAACCCAGCCAAAUGCAUCUUCGGAGUGGAGUCCGGAAAAUUUCUAGGUUUCAUGGUGUCCCGAAGGGGAAUUGAGGUCAAUCCAGAGAAGAUCAGAGCAAUUGCCGAGAUGGAACCGCCGAAAUCAGUGAAAGAUAUACAGAGGCUGACUGGAAGGGUGGCAGCUCUGCAUCGGUUCAUAUCGAAAUCAGCAGACAAAUGUCUACCAUUUUUCAAAAUUAUGAGCUCACCCCCUCUGUUGACUAAAGCUGUAGAUGGAGAACUUCUUUACUUCGUGCUGUACGGAGCAGAGCUAAGGUAUCCUAUAACUGAGAAAGCAGCAUUAGCAAUCGUCACUUCAGCCAGGAAGUUGAGACCAUAUUUCCAAUCACACCCAAUUAUCGUUCUCACCGAUCAACCUCUCAGGCAGAUUCUACAGAAACCAGAGUGCUCUGGAAGACUAAUUAAGUGGGCAGUAGAACUGGGAGAGUUUGAGAUAACAUUUCAGCAGAGAUCGACCAUCCGAGCUCAAGCAUUAGCAGAUUUUAUUGUUGAAUGCACCCCAUGUCCUUCAAACUCUAAUCCAGAGCCCAGCAACUGGACCUUAUAUGUUGACGGAGCAUCUAGUAGCAAGGGUUCAGGGGCUGGCGCUCUUUUGAUUGGUCCAGGGGGAUACCGAAGCGAACAUGCCCUGAAGUUCAACUUUGAUGCAACAAAUAACAUGGCUGAGUAUGAAGCUCUGCUACUUGGUCUACAGCUAGCAUUGGAGUUGAAAAUCAGUGCAAUUCAAAUAUAUAGUGACUCCCAGUUGGUGGUAAACCAAAUUAACUCAAUCUGUGAAGUUGUCGAUCCUGUGAUGAUAAAGUAUGUAGCCUUGGUGGCUGAGCUGAAAUGCAAAUUCCAGAAAUUCUGUCUGAGUAAAAUUCCUCGAGCUGAGAAUGAACAGGUAGAUUCACUCUCCAAGUUUGCUUCUGAUAGCUCUUUAAGUUCCAGAUCAGUUUUUGUAGAGAUCUUAGAUGAACCAAGCUUCAUGAAGCCUCGGUUGAUGGAGAUUAGCACAAACCCUGAUACACCGAGCUGGACUGACUCAAUUAUCUCUUUUUUGCGAGAUGGAAUAGUACCUGAGGACAGGCAGGAGGUAAUGAAGUUGAGGAAGAGAGCAUCUCGGUAUACACUUGUUGAUGGGGUCCUCUAUAAGAGAUCUUUUUCACUUCCUCUUCUGCGAUGUUUGAAUCCCUACGAAGCCGAGUAUGCACUUCGAGAGGUACAUGAAGGUGUCUGUGGAAGCCACAUCGGUGCUAGAACUCUGGCUCACAAAGUCUUACGGUGCCAAUUCUUUGCACAUCUGACUCACCAACCUGCAAAAGAACUCACGAACUUGGUAGCACCAUGGCCAUUUGCACAGUGGGGACUAGAUCUUUUAGGUCCAUUCGUGAAAGGGGUUGGUGGUGUGACCCAUUUGGUUGUUGGUGUGGAUUAUUUCAUAAAGUGGGUUGAAGCUCGACCUUUAUCCAGUCUUACAUCCAAGAAGGUCGAAGAUUUUGUUUUUAGCUCGAUCAUCUGCAGAUAUGGAAUCCCGAAUCAAAUUGUGACUGAUAAUGGAACUCAAUUCAAUUGUUCCUCAUUCCGAGAUUUCUGUUCCAGUUAUGGGAUCAAGUUACAGUUCACCUCCGUUUACCACCCAGAGUCCAAUGGCAUGGUGGAAUCUGUUAACAAAUGCAUUUUGGAAGGUAUAAGGCCGAGAUUGGAGCAACAUAAGGCCAAGUGGGCAGACGAGCUCAACAACGUCCUCUGGGCAUACAGAACCACGAGCCGAACUGCCACAGGUGAAACACCCUACCACCUGGCCUUUGGUACCGAAGCAGUCAUUCCUGUUGAAAUAGGAGUCCCAAGCUUUCGAGUCACCCAUUUCGAUGAAGGACGAAAUGGACAACUGCUUCGGGAAAACCUUGAUCUGCUUGCUGAAGUCAGAGAAGAAGCUCGGCUUCGAACUCUUGUAUACAAGCAGAAACUAGCCAACUUCUACAAUAAACGGAUCCGCCCUCGAACUUUCAAAGUAGGAGACCUUGUUCUCAAAAAAGCUGGCCUAACAGGGUUUGAAACUCAUUUUGGCAAACUCGCCCCGAAUUGGGAAGGCCCUUAUACCGUGGCCGAGGUGCCACAUCCUGGCGCCUAUCUCCUCCAAGACGCUGAAGGAAAGAGAGUUCCUAGAGUCUGGAAUGUCAAUAACUUGAAGAAAUUUUACCCUUAAUACAAUUCUUUCAAGAAAUCUAUCUUACAGUUCUUAUUUAGUGAUUACUGAGAUUCAUUUUGUCUCUUAUUCCAUGUAUCCGAGGUCAAUCAGUACUUCAAUCUCACUUCUGAUUAAUAAAAGUCACUUCACAUG